AUGUCUAUCGUCGACGAGAUUCGCUCCGGAAACUUUUCUCUCUACGGCCAAUGGUGCGGUCUUUUGUCCAUCGUGGCCCUCAUCCUAUUUGGUAUCCUCAGCUUCAGCAUCGGAUGGUCUCUUAUUGGAUGGAUUAUUGCGUUCCUCUUGGUCUUCAUUGAAAUCCCCCUCUGCAUGAAGUGCUGCCCCACGAGUGAAAAAUUCGAUAACUUCUUGACAAAGUUCCAGAACUCAUACUUCCGCGCCGGUGCCUAUUUGGUGUUUGCCAUUCUGAUGUGGAUCGCUGUCGGUGUCGGCCACAGAAACCUCCAGGCCAUCUCAGCCCUGUUGCUUACGUUUGGAUUCCUCUCGUACACAUUCGCUGCCAUUCGCGGUCAGACCCCCACCUCCAGCGCAAUCACCGGAGGCACUGGCGUUGCUAACAUUGUCUAA